AUGGAUGAGUACAAAAGAACAACAACUCCAACAUGUACUGGUACUUCUGUAUUUGCUACAGUCUACGAUGGAGGUGUAGCUAUUUGUAGUGACCGUAAAGUUUCAAUGUACAAAAUGUCCCGUUUUAGAGGUGUUACCCGUCAAUAUCAAUUAAAUAAAUAUUGUGUUGUUGCAUUUUCGGGAGACUUUGCUGAUUUUCAAUGGCUUCAAAAUAUCCUUCAACAAGAGGAAAUGAGAUUAAGAUUGACUAAUCCAAAAUUUUACAUGACACCAAAAGCAGUACAUUCUUACCUUUCCGAUCUUCUUUAUUAUCGUAGAUCACAAUUAAAUCCUAUUUGGACGCAAUUACUUGUUGGAGGUAUGCAACCAAUUGACAAUGACUUUUCAACUAUGGAACCAUAUAUUGGUGUAAUCACUCCAAAGGGUGUCUCUUACACAGCAAAAUCUGUUGCUACAGGAAUGGGAGCUAUGCUUCUUAAUCAAUUAAUGGAAACUGAUGUUCGUGCUAAAGACUACAAACUUAGUGAGGAUGAGGCAAAAAAACUUCUUACAAAAUUAAUUGAAUUGUCAAUUUAUCAUGAUUGUGAGGCCGACAAUUGUUUUGAUAUUUCAACUAUUGAUACAACUAAUGGAGUAAAACGUAGUAAUCCUAUGAAAAUUCUUGGUAACUGGGAUUUGGCUACUUACAACAACGACUAUCAAUAA